CAAAUAUUAUCCUCCAUAUUCUGAUUUUGGAUAAAUAUCUACAUAUUUUCAAAAACUAGGAGUGAUUACUGCAAUAUACAGACUCAGAAACGCAUCAAUGUUCAAUGAAAGAUUUAACUUUGAAACUUAAACGGAGAAGAUGAUACGCUUGGUGAGCGGAGUGAAUCCACUAGCUGAACGCAAAUAACCACAGAUUAUCAGGAGCUGUUUAGGACAGCACAGAUGGAGACACCCAGCGGAGUCCUGGAUGCUACUUUCGACACUGAUACAAAGCUUCGGUUAGAAGUUUUACCUUCAGAUGUCCGAAAAGUGAUUGUUGGUGAAGAAGAGCAUCGGCUUUGGAGCUUCUGUGUCAGUCAGGAUCAUCCAGAACCUGCACACAUUAAAGAGGAACUGGAAGACGAUUUGACCAGCCAGGGUGGCGAUCCACUUCAAGGCCUGCAGUGGGCGUCUAUCACCAAGUUUACAUUCAGUCCUGUCCCUGUAAAAAGUGAAGAUGAUGAAGAGAAGCCUCACUCUCCAGAGCUUCAUCACAGCCAAAGUAAGAGUAAUACAGCUGAACAGAUGGAAACAGAAGAUGAGAGAGAGGACUUUUGGGAACCAGAGCAAGUCAGAAACUUGUAUCCAGAUGCACAUUUAUCACCUAAAACUGAUAACAAGGUAUCAGAAACUUCUGAAACAGAAAUUAGUGAUGGUGAUUGGGAGCAGAGCAAUGAACCUCAGUUGAGGUUAAACACUUUGAACCCCGUUACUGACAUCAGCAGUAAUGUUGAAAGAUCAUUCAGCUGUUCUGAAUGUGGUCAGAGGUUUGGACGGAAGCCCCAUCUGAAAGCACACAUGAGAAUUCACACCGGUGAGAAACCAUUUAGUUGCUCCUUUUGUGAUAAAAGGUUUUCUCAGAAGGGAAAUUCCAUUAGCCACAUGAGACUUCAUACAGGAGAAAAACCUUUUAGCUGUUCCAUCUGUAAUAAAAGCUUUAGGUACAGUGGAGAUGUAAGCAGGCAUAUGAAAAUCCACACAGGAAAGAAGAAAGCUGAUGGCAAAAUUAGCGACGUGACUAUAAAUAACAUUCGCAUUGGUUCAGAAAAAGAUAGGAAGUUGCAUCCAGGAAAACAUUUGCAACUACCAAGUGAUGCUAAGCCUGCAGAACAUGAAACUGAACCAAGGGAAGAGUGCUGGAGGGAAAGUAGGGACCAAUCAGCUUCAUUGUCUCUGAUCAAUGUAUCAAGAAGUGAUGAAAAAACUUCCAACGAAGAAACAUUUAGCUGCUCUGAAUGUGGGGGAUCAUUUUAUCGUAGGGAUCAUCUUUUGAGCCACAUGAGAACCCACACAGGAGAGAAACCUUUCAGCUGCCCUGUUUGUCUGAAGCGUUUCAGCUGUAGCGGCAGCAUUUUGGCACACAUGAGAAUUCACACGGGAGAGAAACCGUUUCAGUGCUCCUUUUGUGGCAAAAGUUUUAGCCAGAAAGGAACUUUACGGCUACACAUAAGAAUUCACACGGGAGAGAAACCGUUCCGCUGUCCAUUUUGUGAUAAAAGAUUUUCACAUAAAAGGCGAAUGACCCUACACAUGUCCGUCCACACGGAAGAGAAACGUUUCAGUUGCAGUGCGUGUGGCAAAAGAUUCACUUGGUAUACACAGCUGAAAACCCACAAGUGUGUUAAUGAGUCCUCACAGUGUCAUCAAAGUCAAACUGGGAGAAAACAUCUUCCAAAGGAAUCCUUUAGCUGUACUGAGUGUGGGAAGAAGUUUAGCCUGAAGGGCAAUCUGAAGACACACAUGAGAAUUCACACAGGAGAGAAGCCGUUUAGUUGUUCGGUUUGUGGUAAAGGUUUUAAACAGAACAUUCAUCUGACAGAACACAUGACCAUUCACACAGGUCAGAAAUUACACAAAUGUACUGUGUGUGGCAAAGGAUUUAAUAAGAAGUUGCUUGUCAAGAAUCACACGUGCAUCUAAUUUCAGACAGUUUGUCUUUUCGAUGGUAGAAAUGCACAAAGUUAUCGGUCUUGUGCAUUUUUUCUUCAGAGGGGACAAAUAAGGUAAUACAUGUGAUUUCCUAAAUACAAAGUGUCCUUUCAGUUAAAGUUAUCAUUAUUUGAAAUUUUUUGGAGGAGAGUAUUUCCUCAUAUACGUAUUUAUCUUAUGUCAGAAUUCUCACCUUGAAUCCAUCCAAUAACAUGAGCAAUACAGGAUGAGUACACAAAGUGUCCAGAAAAGUGAACUUUGUUAGGCUUCUUCUUUUUUUGUGUGUGUGCGUUAGCUGGAUGGACAAACCCUAAAACUUCAGUGUAACGUGUGUGGAUGGUUAUGAUCUUUUUUUGUUAAUCUAGGUUUUUUUCUUCAUGCUCUCUGCACACUCACAUAAAACGGGGCUGUUUACACAUUAUUUGCCACUUUCUCCAAACAAACAUACAACAUCUGAGAGAGGGCUUAUAUUUUUAGAUCCAAAGUUUUCUUGAUUGUGUUUUCUUUCUUUUGCGAUUAAAGCUUUGUCCUUUUUUUUAUUUUAGUGUUAUCCAGAGCUUUUUCUAGUAACAAACUAUGUAUUUGAUCUCAUGUUACAGUGAUCUUUUUGUCCAGACGAUGUGCCUUUUUCCUUUUGGCCCACAGCUUUGCGUAACUGAAUUCUAA